UCUCCAGCUGGCGCGCUCGCUCGACCGGUUACAGUGUUCGCUCGUUUUCAAAAAUGCGCGGCAUUUCGUAUUUGCUGGUUCUCGUUGGGGUGGUUGCCGCUCAAGGCAAUGUGACCCUUCCUACGAGCCCGAUCCCCUCCAGCCCAUCAACUUCCGAUACAACAGAAGAACAGCCGGUGCUCUCAAUAGUAGGAGGAGUCGGCUACAACACCUGCAAAGCAACAACAAGAUGGGUCACGCCAAAGCCGAUCUACGUAACUGUUACAGAGAAAGUCCCAGGGCCCAAAGAGACUAAGACGAUUACUACUACGUGCUACGAAACCAUCCACGACACGAAAACACUCACAUCUACGACUACCUGCACGGUGACCACCACACAACCAGGUGUUAAUAUCACGACGACGGAGACUAGGACAUCGACUAUUUCGGUCCCCUACACUAUCACAGAGCCUGCGUUGCCCGGGCAAAACUACACAAUCACCGAGACUACCACCUGCACGAGUACUCUUAGUUCGACUACGACAUGCACCACCACGGUGACGAAGGAUAUUACGCUUUCGGGCUCAGACAUCUACGUCACGGUACCUGGCCCUACGAUCACUCAAAAUCAGACAUAUACCGAGACAUCUACAAUUAUAAGCCUUGUUCUAACCACGAAGGUCGAUGAAACCACGAGACACAUAACAGACUGGUCGACGUAUGUCAGCACAGCGACCUACUCGACCUGGAUAACCUCCUAUAUCACUUCCUGGAUCCCAAUAACUAUAACCGAGCCAGGUAAAACGUACACAUCCUGGGCCACCACUGUCAUCACGUCGUUGUACCCCACCACUACAACAGAGCGCACCUCAUACACCGAGACAGUGGAGAAGACCAUCGAGACGCCUGGGCCGACUAUCGAGGUCACUAAAGUCUCAAUUGAGACGCAGCUGAGUGUUCAGACGCAACUCAGUUACAUCAAAACUACGAGUCUCACUACGACCACAAAGCUGGAGGAAGUCACUUCAACGUCGUACAUCACCAGUUCCUACCCAGUUUAUGUCACCUUGCCCAGAGAGACCACGACUACUAUCGAGACCUCGUGGAUAACGACAAUCAUUCCCACAACAUUUGUAGAGACUUCUACAUUGACCACAUCGUUCCCAGUGACAGAGGUUGUAUAUGUGCCUACGACCGAGCGUACCACUGAGCGCCUUACUGAGCGAUCCACUGAAACGAACUAUAUCACUACAACGGAGCUACGAACAACAACAACAACUUCUUACAGCACAGAGAUGAUCACAACCGAAAUCCCCGGACCUACAAGCACAGCUACGUUGACAAUCACAACUUCCUACCCUGUUCUGGUGCCCACAACAUUCACAGAGGCGGUCUCUUACCCUGUGACGACUGUACAGACUCUUCCAACUACUGUGGAGAUCACACGAGUCGAGAUUUCGGUCGUCACAAACAUGAUGGAGCGCACGGUCACGAGCGUUUCGACAUCUCUGUCCACCAUUGUGCUCCCGCCAUCGACCAGCGUGAUCACAUCUACCAUUUUGACCACUCAGAUCGUUACUACACAGCUCCCCCCCAGCACAAUUCUUUCGACAGUCACAAGCACUUCUAUCAUCCCUCCGAUUCCAACUACGAUAGCAUCGGGAACUGCAAUCACGCUUCCGGCAAGCACAUUUACUACAAGUUUUGUCUCGACUAUAUUGCUCCCCGGCCAGGUCACUACAAGUACUCUGACUCAGCCGGGCUCCACACAGAUCAUCACGAGCCAGAUUCCGGCAUCGACAACGGUUUCGACUGUGAUCUCUUCGCUUUUGAUCACGACAACCGAACUGGUGCCUACUACGAUUUUGCAGACUGUGACGGCUCCCGUUAGCUCAGCAUCUAGCGCUAGCUCAACCAGUCCAGCUUCGAUUUCUUGUUCGAGCGAUUGCCACAUCUCUGUCCAGGCAACUCGUCUUGAAUAUCCUGGUUCAGUCAUCGUAUCUACAGUCACCGUACCUACAGUAUUCGUGGAUAUCUACACGGAUGACGCCGGAAAUGACGUCAGCACCGUAACUCGGACCGAAACACUUCCACCGCAGAGCGACAUCCCGACCUGGAACUACAAUGGAGUUCCCUUGACAUAUGGGACAAUUUACGUUGCGUACGAGAUCUUCAGUCAGACGCGUGUGGAAAUAGUUUCGUCACAUUGCAUUACCGAUGUCAUCACUCUGGACUUACCUUCGCCUACGAACUAUGCUCCGCUUAUUGUUAAGUCAGCAGAUAUUCCUGAUACUAAAUACGUACACCCUACUGUGAAGGCCUAUCUUGAUAGCCUACCAACGGUAAGAGAGCAACUUGGUGGGCCCAUUGAAACAGCUUGCGAUCCAAUCGCGAGCAGUACUGCGACCCACAGCACGAAUACUGCCCUGCCUACAACAUUUGCAACGUCAGUUCCAGCUCUGGAAAAUGUGACCCAAAGGUCUCCCACGCCGGCGGUGAGCCAAGUGGCUCCGAGCACAUCGGCAACGGCAACACCCUCAAGCGCACCACCAUCUCAGCAACCAAGCCCCAGUCCAGCCUCGUCUACCGCCGCUCCUCCACCAUCUUCAGCAGUCAGCACACCUCAGCCUUCUUCGAGCGCACAGCCAUCGUCUGCGCCAUCUUCAAUUCUCUCGUCGUCGCAAGAGUCUACUUCUGGAGAGGAAAUUACGUCUGAGGCCGAAACCUCGUCCGAAAUCGCACCGCCACCGUUGAUCUCGUCUUCUCGGACAUCCAGUCGACUCACUACCAACUCAGAUGGUACAGCAUCAAACUUCCGCCCUAGCUCCAGCCACCCAUUUUCGACCUUCACUGGUGGCGCGCCACUACCAACAGCCAUCGCAGGUUGGCUGGUUGGAGCCGCGGGUCUUGGCUUCGGCUUGUUCUAAGUCACGAGGGAAUGCGAAGCAUCUCUGCGCUAUUAAGGUUUUGCGAUGUUCACAGCCAUUAUUGAUAAUAAUAAACACUUCUCCCGUCUCAACUGUUCUGCUC